GCUAGUGAGGCAGAGAGACCGUGAGAGGAGAACAAGUCCACAUCUCUUGGAGACAAUCGGAAAAUGCAGAACAUUUCCUUCCAUGGAUCCGAAUCCUAAAGAAGCUAAAGGAGUUACUUAUGGAUUCUCUCUGAGGCUGAUCUGUGGGGGUCUCCAUCGGCUGCAAAUGAUGUGUCUCCCUUCCAGCUAAGCAGCGACCAGGCACCUGCAGCAGCGACUGCUAUUCGGGUCAGGAGCCCCUCUCCCCCUCUGAGCUGACAGUCGCCAGAAGGAAUUAGCCCGUUGCUAUUUGCCAGCUCAUUUCUUCCCGUGGGAACCCCUGUGCAUCCCUGAGACCCACCAUUUCCCUCCCUGUCACACUGUGGACUCCAGCGAGGUGGACCUGCCCCAGGAGCUGUCCAGCACCAGCCACUUUUUCUUUUUAUCCCAUUCUACCUGUUCUACAUGGGGGGACUGCAGUAGGGGGAUCUGUACCCUUAGCAUUUUGUCCCACAUUGCCCAGACAAGGGGUUACCCACUCCAAUACCCAGAUGGUAUGAACCAUUGCUCACAUCCAAGACUCAUCAUCUGAAGGAGAUAUCUGAGUGAGGACAAGAGCACCCAGCAGGAGCAGGGACCAUGCUGCGGCAAAGCAUUGCAGUACUAAUCAGUACUAUCGCAAACCUCAGGCAUUUGCCAUUGAUAUGAUAGGUACUGCUGGCUAACACUGACCCAUGGAUAUGUCUCUGCGCUCUAACUGUGCCACCUCUGCUUCCUUUUGGUUCCUCACGUAUAUGUGGGGACAGAGUGUGCUGGGAGUGAGACCUGGGGUACAUCCCAUAUCAUAAGAGAGAUGGCUUUAUAAGGUGAGAGAUGAUUUCUCCCAGAAGUCUGAGGCUGUUCUGUCACUGCCAGAAGAUGUUUGUGUGGCUUUUCCUCUUUCUCUGCACUCCAAUCUCCUCCACCAACCCUGACUCUGAACUGUCCCUUGAGAUCUGCAAUGUCUGCUCCUGCCUGUCAGUGGAAAAUGUUAUGUAUGUCAACUGUGAGAAGGUGGCAUUGUACAGACCAAACCAGCUCAAGCCACCCCCCUCCAAUUUCUAUCACCUGAACUUUCAGAACAAUCUGCUAAUCAUUUUAUACCCCAACACCUUCCUCAAUUUCACGCAUGCUGUUUCUCUGCAGCUCGGCAACAAUAAAUUGCAAAAUAUAGAGGGAGGAGCUUUCCAGGGACUCAGUGCACUGAAACAGUUGCACUUGAACAACAAUGAAUUGAAGGUCUUGAGGGCUGACACUUUCCUGGGCAUAGAGAACUUGGAGUAUCUCCAGGCUGACUACAAUUUAAUCAAGUAUAUUGAACGGGGAGCCUUUAAUAAACUUCACAAGCUCAAGGUCCUCAUUCUUAAUGACAAUCUUAUUUCUGCUCUGCCUGAUAAUAUUUUCAGAUUUGCUUCCUUAACACAUUUAGAUAUCAGAGGAAAUAGGAUUCAGAAAAUGCCCUAUAUAGGAGUCCUAGAGCAUAUUGGACGAGUGGUGGAGCUGCAGCUGGAAGAUAAUCCGUGGAACUGUACAUGUGAUUUGUUGCCCCUGAAGGCAUGGUUGGAGAACAUGCCCUAUAACAUAUACAUUGGAGAGGCUAUAUGCGAGACACCAAGUGAUCUGUAUGGGCGCUUAUUGAAAGAAACCAAUAAACAAGAACUAUGUUCUAUGGGCACUGGCAGUGACUUUGACGUAAGGAUUUUGCCUCCAUCAAUGGAGACAACUUUUACCACUCCUGGGGGUCAACCUGCCCAAACAUCUUUGCAUCGUUUGGUCACCAAGGCCCCAAAGACCACCAACCCCUCCAAAAACUCUGGAAUAGUCUCUGGCAAAUCUGUUUCCAACCACAGCCUCAGUCAGAUAGUAUCCUUCCAAACCAGGAUACCUCCUUUUUCUCCGUGCCCUUCUCCUUGUAUGUGCAAAACCUAUCCCUCUGAUUUGGGAUUAAGUGUAAACUGCCAGGAGAGGAAUAUUAAGUCAAUGGCUGAACUCAUUCCUAAACCUCUAAAUGCCAAAAAGCUGCACGUAAAUGGCAAUUAUAUCAAACAUGUGGAACAGUCAGACUUUGUGGAUUUUGAGGGACUGGAUUUGCUCCAUUUGGGAAGCAAUCAACUAACGAACAUUCAAGGCAACGUGUUCUGCAACCUGACAAAUCUAAGGAGACUGUAUCUAAAUGGGAAUCAAAUUGAACGCCUGAGCCCUGAGAUUUUUGCUGGGUUGCACAACCUGCAAUAUUUGUAUCUGGAAUAUAACAUUAUAAAGGAAAUCUUGGGUGGAACUUUUGAAUCGAUGCCAAACCUUCAGCUUCUUUACCUGAAUAAUAAUCUCCUGAGAAGUCUGCCGGCUUAUAUUUUUUCUGGAGUGCCCCUGGCCAGACUUAACAUACGGAAUAAUCAUUUCAUGUACUUGCCUGUAAGUGGCGUUCUUGAUCAGCUCAGAUCUCUGACACAGAUUGAUCUGGAAGGGAAUCCAUGGGACUGCACUUGUGAUUUGGUUGCUCUGAAGCUAUGGCUGGAGAAACUAAGUGAGGGAAUUGUCAUGAAAGAGGUUAAAUGUGAGACGCCCGUGCAGUUUGCAAACAUUGAAUUGAGAUCUCUUAAAAAUGAAAUUCUUUGCCCUAAACUGAUUAACAAGCCUCCUACACAGUAUACAAGUCCUGUACCUGCAGUUACAUUCACAACUCCCCUGGGUCCAAUCAAAAGCCCUCCUGGGGGACCUGUGCCAUUGUCAAUUCUAAUCCUCAGCAUUUUGGUAGUGCUUAUUUUAACAGUGUUUGUUGCCUUUUGUCUUCUUGUUUUUGUCCUGAGACGUAACAAAAAGCCAACAGUCAAGCAUGAGGGAAUUGGAAACCAGGAAUGCAGUUCUAUGCAGCUCCAGCUAAGGAAGCAUGAUCAGAAAGCACUUAAAAUGGAUGGUAUUUCUGCAGAAACGUUCUUUCCACAAACAAUUGAACAAAUGAGUAAAAGUCACACUUGUGGCAUUAAGGACUCCGAAGUCGGAUUUUCAUUUUCAGACCACCAAGGUCAAACAUUGGCCCUGAGAAACCUAACAGAGAAGGAAAAGGAUCUGUUGCAUGGGGAUUCUAGAAAGAGGCUUAGUACAAUAGAUGAACUGGAUGAAUUCUUUCCAGGAAGAGAUUCAAAUUUAUUUAUCCAGAAUUUUUUAGAAAGUAAAAAAGAAUACAACAGUAUAGGAGUCAGUGGUUUUGAAAUUCAUUACCCAGAGAAGCUGCAAGACAAAAAAAACAAGAAAUCUUUAAUAGGUGGGAAUCAUAGUAAAAUUGUAGUAGAACAGAGAAAGAGUGAAUAUUUUGAACUCAAAGCAAAACUCCAAGGGACGCCUGAUUACUUACAAGUCCUUGAAGAACAAACAGCCCUGAGCAAAAUGUAGGUCAUGCAAUGUAUACCUAACUAAAGACGAUUGUUUCAUGAUGAAAGUGCCUUUUGUAGACUUUUAACUUCCAAAUAUCAUCUAUAGGCAUAGGUGCAGGCAAAUCCAGGAGUGUCCAGUACCCUAUAGUGUGUGUGUGUUGGUUAUCCGUUCCAGGUAUCUCCUCACAAAGCUUCUACAUUCUGGAUUCAUUCUGGGAUUACAGGAGAAACUAUUGCCAAAAGGAUAUUUUAUUUUAUGACAAGUAAAAUUAGCCUCAAAUCCUAGAGGCAUCAACUGUAUAUUUUGUGCUCAAAUACAAAAUGCUGUCUCAGUGUGAAUCAAAAAUUUAAAGAAAAGGAAAAAAAAAAAUCCAAAAAAAAAUAUAAAACAAACAAAAAAACCUGGGUUCAGGAAAUGUUUCACCAUAGGUAUGGUCCUUUCUAAUGGAUACAGCUGGUGAAAAUAUAGGAUUUAUUGUAUAGGUCUAACUAUUCUUUAAAGAUUAUUAGAAAAGUGGAAAGCAUGCAGAGGGACAGCAGUUUAUGUAAACCAGUGACACAUAUGACAUUUAUCUAGCAGCAAAAGGAAUAACCAUGUUCUAAUGUGCAAAUGCCGUAUACCAUGCUUUAUGACUCUACGAAAUAAAUUCAGUCACUUGAAUCAUACAAACGUUAAAAAAAAAACAAACUAAAAAGAUAUAUUUAAGUGUUUAUUUAACAAGAUAUUUUUUUUCCUGCAAAGCAAAAUGUGAAUCAAGUUAAAGCUAAGAUUGAAAAAAAAAAAAAAAAAUCAAUUUUCAUUAUCUGCAAUCAAACACGGUUGCAAUGGUUUUUCAGAUAAUGCUUGCUAUGUGAGCGUGGUGAAAAGUAUUUUUUUAAACAAAAUUCAUAUCUAUGAAAUACUUUGUAUACUAAAUAGAAUUACAGUAUAUGUACUCCUUAAUAUGUAUUUAAAUGCCUGACUUGUUUCUGUGAUCAAAAUGCAUUAAUCUUAAAAAAAAAGUUAAACAUUCAGAUAUACCAAACAGAUACAGGAGUUGAUAUGUAAACACAACUUGAUUUAAUGUGAGCAGGUAAAAUAAAGUUUAUUCAUAUAUAUUCUUGUGA